CGCUGCUGGGGCGGGGGGAGCCUCCCUGCUGGCGGCCUGCUGCCCGGAGCAGCCGGGGCUGCCCUCGCACCGGGUUUUCACGCUUCGGGGCAGGUUGUGGAACGACCUUUGCGGCUGCGAUCCCGCGGGGGAUUGCGGGGGGAAGGACGGGACUGGAGCAGCUCCUGCGGUGGCCGCUCUUCUCUUAGAUGCGGCGUCCAGGUUAUUUACGACACAAGGAUGCCUACCAGGUGAUCUUGGAUGGUGUGAAAGGAGGUGCCAAGGAAAAGAGACUUGCAGCCCAGUUUAUUCCAAAAUUCUUCAAGCAUUUUCCUGAAUUAGCUGACUCAGCUAUCAAUGCCCAGUUGGACCUCUGUGAGGAUGAAGACGUUUCUAUCCGGCGCCAGGCAAUUAAGGAGUUGCCUCAGUUUGCCACCGGAGAUAAUCUCCCCCGGGUAGCAGACAUACUGACCCAGCUUCUGCAGUCAGAUGAUUCUGCAGAAUUCAAUUUGGUGAACAAUGCUUUGCUCAGUAUAUUUAAGAUGGAUGCUAAAGGGACCUUGGGAGGCUUAUUCAGUCAAAUUCUUCAGGGGGAGGAUAUUGUGAGAGAAAGAGCCAUCAAGUUCCUCUCUACAAAACUGAAAACCCUACCUGAAGAGGUGCUGACUAAGGAGGUCGAAGAAUUCAUAUUAGCUGAAUCAAAGAAGGUACUGGAAGAUGUGACAGGUGAAGAAUUUGUUCUAUUCAUGAAAAUAUUGUCUGGAUUAAAAAGCUUACAGACAGUAAGUGGGAGGCAGCAACUAGUGGAGCUGGUAGCCGAACAAGCUGACCUGGAACAAACAUUCAAUCCAUCAGAUCCAGAUUGUGUGGACAGACUUCUGCAGUGUACUCGCCAGGCAGUGCCGCUCUUCUCAAAGAACGUUCAUUCCACAAAAUUUGUUACUUACUUCUGUGAGCAUGUGCUUCCGAGCCUCAGUUCUUUGACUACUCCAGUGGAGGGUCUUGAUAUCCAGUUAGAGGUUUUGAAGCUUCUUGCUGAAAUGAGUUCAUUUUGUGGAGACAUGGAAAAGCUUGAAUCAAAUUUGAAGAAGCUAUUUGAUAAAUUACUGGAGUAUAUGCCACUUCCCCCCGAGGAAGCGGAGAAUGGGGAGAAUGCUGGCGGUGAAGAGCCCAAGUUGCAGUUCAGUUACGUUGAGUGUCUCUUGUAUAGCUUCCAUCAGCUGGGUCGUAAACUUCCAGACUUCCUCACAGCCAAGCUGAAUGCAGAGAAAUUGAAAGACUUUAAAAUCAGGCUACAAUAUUUUGCUCGAGGGUUGCAGGUGUAUAUUCGACAGCUUCGUCUAGCGCUCCAAGGAAAAACAGGAGAAGCCUUGAAAACAGAGGAGAACAAGAUCAAAGUGGUUGCUUUGAAAAUAACCAAUAACAUUAAUGUUUUAAUCAAGGAUCUCUUCCACAUUCCUCCUUCUUAUAAAAGUACAGUCACGCUGUCCUGGAAACCAGUACAGAAGGCAGAUGCAAGUCAAAAAAGAACAAGUGAAGACACAACCUCGAGUUCACCUCCAAAGAAAGCUUCGGCAGGACCAAAAAGGGAUGCCAGGCAGAUAUAUAAUCCUCCCAGUGGAAAAUACAGUAGUAACCUGGGCAGUUUUUCUUACGAGCAAAGAGGUGGUUUCCGGGGUGGACGAGGAAGAGGCUGGGGAGGACGUGGCAAUCGUAGCCGAGGAAGAAUCUACUGAGUAGACCAUCGUAUCUUCCCUGGCCCCAGUGGGCUAAAGCGAAAGUACACUCAGCAAAAGAUUGCUUGGAGUAUCGUUUCCUUCAAGGACUGCCUUCUGCUAAGACUGACUUAAAUGUUCUUUAUACCUUUGUAUGUAUGAUCUACUUUUCUAACGGACUACAACUUGUCCAUAGUGAAACUACAACUGUAUUUUUGGAUGCUUACAGUCAGCAGUUUUGGGUUCUUAUUUUUGAAGUGUCUUCAGGAUUUAUUCGAAAUUGAAAAAGAGCAUAGAUGUUUUAUCAAAAGUUACAUCUUGAUUGUUUGCAUAUUAACCUAAAAAUCAGCUACUGCAUUACUGAUACUAUGUAAUUGAGUUUAUGUAUUAAGUAAUGGAUAGGAAAGGCAUGACUACAGAGAUACGUCAGAUAAGCUUAGCACCUAAAGUAAUCCUUUCCUUGUCUGUAAUCAUAUUUUGCAAUAUGUGGAGAAGAGUACCAUUGUUAAAUUUGCUUUUAUUUACUUAUAAUGAACUUGACUGAGAGACAUGCCGGUUUUCUGAAGUUUGCAACUUUGUUGGAAAUUCAUUUUGCUUGUAGCAUGAAGCAGUCCUUUCACGUAGAGAUGUGGAGAAUGUGGUGUUUCUUUGUUUUGUACAUCUUACUCUUCUCCGUGCAUUGUAAUGCAAAAGUGAUGUUUUGCAAAGGAAUUUUAAAUGUUUGAUAUGAAUACGUGCAUACACUUAUGCCAUGAAAUUACAGGAAAUGAACAGGAAAAACAAAACAAUAAAUCACUAGAAUUAUUCUAGGAAUGGGUAAAGACUGAUGCAGUGAUUAAGCUUUGUAGACUGGAGCUGGACCGUAGCAGUACCUAGCUCUUUUCUGUGUUUUGCAGAUUUCUGGGUUAGUUGGCACUCAAGGGUUGUGUUUUUGUUUUGUCUUUUUACCGAUACAGUUGCAUUUAAAAAUAUAUAAAUAAAAUUGUAUUUUGGGUAACAUUGAAAAAUUCCAGCGAUGUAGUCGAAUUCAAGUGGAAAAAUUAACAAAUCCGUGCUAUUGUUUUUUUCAUAGCAACUUGGAAUUCUUAUUUACUGGUGUACACCCAGAAAAUACAAUGUAAGAGCACAAUGCUUUUUUUUUAUUCUCACCACUUAAAAUUUUUACUUCUCAGGUCACUCAACAUUGUAAAGGAAUUAGCUGAUAGUUUCAAAAAAAAAAAAAAAAAAAAAAAAAGUUGGGGCAGGGGAGGAGAAUUUCUAACAAGACUUCCAGGGCAUGUUGAUGUAAAAUAGCUUAGGCUUUAGAAGAAUGAAGAUCUUUUCUUAUCCUCCCUUUUUUUCUGCAGUCAUUUGAUAUCCACAUACGAAUGCUUGAAAGUGAUGUUUUGCCACCUAGUUCCAUUUGUAUUUGCUUGUGAAUCUGAUUCAGGUGUCUUCAUUAACACUUUGAUAUUUAUCACUGCAAUCAAAAGGGCAGAAUACCAAAAUUAUGUCGAAGUUGGAGUUAUUGACUAAAUUGUGAGUCUGUAUUUGCUCAACUCUGGAGUAGCAGGCAUUAAACUUCGGACAUUCCAAGACAUGGGAGCUUACUUGUAUUUCUAAAUACAUGCCAGCUGCUAACCUCAAGAUUUCAUCACUAAAACCAACAAACUUGGCAAAGAAUAUUUCAAGUACAAAUUCAUGAGAUCAAAGUGUCACUCUGAUACCAGGCACUAGAUGGUAAUAAGCUUUCAUUGAAGGAAAAAAAAAAAAGCUAUUUUGAGAUAUUUUGCACUUGUGGCUAUAAUUUGUUGUUUUCAGGGGAUUUAAAAAUGUAAUCUCCAAACCUAAAUGUAGCUUGUAUUUAGUGCCUAGUUAUUAGUCUAGCAGCUUGUUUUCUCACUGAGUUUGGAGUUUAGUUUUCCUCAUGGGGCUCCUGUUUUCCAGAGACUAUGUGCAAAGUUCUUGUAGCCUCAGAAGUAGUUAGAUUUUCUCCCUCACUUUCAUAUUUAAUUUUAAUGCAGUGAGUUCUUGUGGAGACACCUGCUUGCCAUCUUGAUGACUUGUAAAUGUUCCCCUAUGCUUUUGGAAUAAAUUCAUUUUGUAAUUUU